AUGAGUGCAUUACCUGUGCUAGCAAAUAUCAUAUGUGAAGGACUUGUACGCCCCUGGGGUUGGGGCUGUAAAGGGGCGGCCCUGGUACACUACAGCACCAAGGGGCGGCCCUGGUACACCACAGCACCAAGGGGCGGCCCGGGUACACCACAGCACCAAGGGGCGGCCCUGGUACACUACAGCACCAAGGGGCGGCCCGGGUACACCACAGCACCAAGGGGCGGCCCUGGUACACUACAGCACCAAGGGCGGGGUACACUGGUAGCACCAACACUGGCACAGCAGGGGCGGCCUGGUACAGCACCAAGGGGUGGCCUACUGGCACCAGGGGCAUACAGCACCAAGGGGCGGCCCUGGUACUGGCACAGGGGCGGCCCUUUACCACAGCACCAGGGGCGGCCCUGGUACCUACAGCACCAGCAGGGCGGCCCUGGUACACUACAGCACCAAGGGGCGGCGGGCCGCACCAGGGGCGGCGGCCCCCCUGGCACCAAGGGGCGGCCUGGUACACCACAGCACCACGGCCCCGGUACGCACCAAGGGGCGGCCCAGGGCGGCCUACAGCACCAAGGGCGGCGGGACCGCGCAAGGGGCGGCCCUGGUGCCUACAGCACCAGGGCGGCGGCCUGGUACACCACAGCACCAGGGGCGGCCCUGGUGCACUACACACAGCACCAAGGGGCGGCCUGGUACACCACAGCACCAAGGGCGGCCCGGGUACACAACAGCACCAAGGGGCGGCCUGGUACCUACAGCACCAAGGGCGGCCCCGGUGGUGGUACCUGGCACCAGGGCGGCCCUGGUACACUGGCACCAAGGGGCGGCCUGGUGAGGGGCGGCGGGUACACCACAGCACCAAGGGCGGCGGGUACACCACGCAAGGGGCGGCGGCACCACACACCAAGGGGCGGCCUGGUGCCACAGCACCAAGGGGCGGCCCCAGCACCAAGGGCGGCGGGUACACACCAAGGGGCGGCCGGGUACACUACAGCACCAAGGGCGGCACACCACAGCACCAAGGGGCGGCCGGGUACACUACAGCACCAAGGGGCGGCCCUGGUACACCACAGCACCAAGGGGCCAGCAACCCCACAAGGGCGGCCCUGGUACCCAGGGGCGGCCACAGCACCAAGUACUACAGCACCAAGGGGCGGCCCUGCACUGGGGCGGCCCUGGUACACCACAGCACCAGGGGCGGCCUGGGGGGCCUGGUACACUACAAAGGGGCGGCUGGUACACAGCACCAGGGGGCGGCCCGGUACACUACAGCAACUACGCACCGGGGCGGCCUGGUACUACAGCACCAAGGGGCGGCCCUGGGGGCGGCCCUACACUACAGCACCAAGGGGCGGCCCGGGUACACCACAGCACCAAGGGGCGGCCCUGGUACACUACAGCACCAAGGGGCGGCCCGGAGGUCACUUAAAGAUUAGCAAAUGGCAUGACAUGAUGACACCGAUAUUUUUUGGUGCCAUUGACACUGUUAACGUUUCCUGUACAACACAGGCUCAAAAACAAUAUGGUGCCACAACUGUACAACUCUCACGACCUCCAGAUCUGCAAGUGCUGGAGCUGCUCAUAGGUGGUCCGCCUGCUGCUUCUAUGUCCUUAGGCCUUAAGAGCCCUCGCUGGAGAGAACCUUGUGGCCCAGAUACAGGAACUAGUGCCACUUGA